AUGGCCCUUUCGCUACGGGCCUGGCCCUCGAAGCAGCCCUAUUACAGAUCGCUCUUCUACGUGGCCCUCUUCCUAAGCGUCGUUUUUGUCCUGUUCCGCCUCUACCUGAGCGCCGACGAAGACCUGCUCGCCCACGGCACCAUCCAAGACUCGCCAGAGAUACACGAGCUCUGCGCCGCCCAUGGCUUCACGGCCUAUCCCGCCACUGCCUCUGGCGCCCGCCGGAAGAUUUACGAUCUCACCAUGAUCAACACCGAGCUCGAUUGGCUCGAGAUCCGCCUCGACGCCCUCUACGAAGAGGUGGACCUCUUUAUCGUGGUCGAGUCCCCAAAGACGUUCCACGGCCACUCGAAACCCAUGGUGGCCAAGGACAACUGGGAGCGCUUCGCCAAGUACCACGACAAGAUGCUCUAUCACGAGCUCGAGUUCCCCAGCAGCUUCCACCCCCACCGCACCUGGGACUUUGAGUUCCUGCAGCGCGACGCUAGCUAUGAGCAAGUCUUUCCCAAGCUCACCGGCCCUCGCGCCCCGCGCCUUGGCGAUGUGCUCGUCGUUGCCGACGUUGAUGAGAUCCCGCGCCCCGACACCCUGCGCACUCUACGCGCCUGCAGCUUCCCCCGCCGCCUCACCCUCUACUCGCGCUUCUACUACUACUCCUUCCAGUUCCUGAGCAUCGGACCUGAGUGGCACCACCCCCAGGCCACCUUUUACGACGGCCAGCGGACUCUCACCCCUAACAACCUGCGUAGCGGCGGCGGCGGAAACUUCAUUUCCCGGUGGCGCGAGUCCGGCCGUUAUGCCAAUUCAAGCUGGCACUGCAGCAGCUGCUUCGACUCUAUGGAAUUGUUCUUAAACAAAAUGGCCAGCUUCUCCCACAAGUGGAUGAACGGCGCCGAGUAUCGCGACCCAGAUCGCAUUGCCAACGCCGUUCGCGAGGGCCUCGAUAUUUGGGGCCGCAGGUCGUCGACCUUUGAGAGGAUCGAUAACAACCAAGACUUGCCGUCGUUGGUGAGAGACGACCCGAGGUACAGCUACCUCAAAGACCGCAGCGGAAAAUCGGCUGGAAUGAAGGACUACCCCUGA